AUGGAGGUUGAAUGGCUGAGUACAGAGCAAUCAGAUCAGGAUAUGUCCGAUCAAGUAACCCCAGAACCCCUUGAAUCAAGUCCAGUUCUUCCGCGUCAGGAUCCGCCGGAUGAGUCAAUCACAAUCGAUUCAGCAACGGCAGCGACGGCACACAUAGGAUCAUCAGAACGCAUUACUUCUGAUCAAACUUCCGACAAAGGAGCGCAUGGCACUCAAAGUGUUGACUCAGGUGUGCUGCAACCUACGCAUUACCACGCAAACGAGGAGGAAGCGGACACGAACAGCCAAUAUACAAGGAUUUCCGUUGGACCGGAACCUCCCGAGUGGGCGUCAGAGGAGAUGUCAAUUAUAAAUGGCCCGCAUCAAGGCGCUGCUCAAGACCAGAUACGGGUCGAUAGUCCACAGCCUGAGUCCUCAAAAUCAGAUCUUGGCACUAGCAGGCAACAAGUUGUCUCAGUUGCGUACCUUGAUCAACUGAUGAAGGCCUAG